AUGAAGGAUGGCGGUUCGCAAGCUGCCUCAGAAGUGGUCAGUGAACCAGCUGUCAAUGGUGUCGCCAGCGGCACCUGGCCUGUACCAGACGCCAAUACAACGUCGCCAGCAGAUGGAGAGUCGGACAAUUCCCAGUCAAUGUUUGAAGUUCUUCGACCUGACGCAGUUGGACUUGACAAUGAUAACGAGCAAAGAGAAGGCGAUGUUACUGGAGACUUGAACGGAACAUUGAUGAGAACGCUUGUCUCCAAUGGGAACGAUGCGCUGAAGUUACUGUUUCAAGCUGCUCUUGAAAAUAGGAACGGGGACUCGCCGGCCGAACUUUCCACUAUUAAUACAGCCCCGCAGACAGUGAUCGAUCUAUCCACCCCGAAAAAAGCACCUUCUGUAGCAGCAAAGGCUAGCGAACUUCCCGUGCCAUCUCCCAAGACGCUCAGAAUGUGGAAUGCAUUCCGUUUUACGAAAAUGGGGUGGUUUUCAUCUGAAGAAGCGGUUACUUACAUGGACCUAUUCUUCAAACAUUUGGCGCCACUGUCACUAGUCUCGAGAAACUUCAACCCGAGCCAUGACGCGCACUUUAACCUAAUUACUCAGGAGCCACUUCUUUGCUGCGUGAUACUCUUGAUUUCUUCAAGAUACCAUGUGCUUCCAGGAACAGGUGGAAUUGCAAGAAGCACUUUGAUCCACCAAAGACUGUGGGAGCAUUGCCAACACCUCAUCCUGAGGAUAAUAUUCGGCCAGGAAAAACGAUCAAAGGCUAAGACUCGUACAAUAGGCUCCAUUGAGGCAUUGCUUCUGAUGGUAGAGUGGCACUCACGAGCUAUACACUUUCCACCAGGUGCCGAUGGAUGGGACUCGUCAUUGCUGCUGACUGAAGACGACCCGAGAGACACUGAACACAGUAACCGAGCGGAUAAAACGGACGAGAUCAAUGUGAAAUGGUUCCGAGAUAUUGUUGCUCCCGCUAAAACAUCAGACCGCAUGUCCUGGAUGCUUCUUGGUUGCGCGCAGUCCCUGUCUCUGGAGUUAGGGUUAUUCAACAUGAGCGAGCCGGAACACGCUACUACAACCCCCACAGAUUUUGGGCUACGCCCGGAGUCUCUCUGCCAACUGCUUUACAUUCUGGUAGAACAACACUCAAACCGACUCGGCUGCGCUUCGAUGAUACCGGCGGAAUAUACCCCCGUGCUCUCUCAACAACAUCGUCUUGGCCGACGAUUCCAGCAUUUUGUCGUCUUGGCUAGAUUUGACAAAUAUAUCGCGAACAGUGAAUGA